AUGACCUCCUUUUAUCUUUUAUUGCAGCUUGAUGACCCUUCCAUCUUCCCUGCUGUCAUUGUGGAGCACAUUCCAAAUGCAGAUUUACUGCACACUUAUUCCGGAUUAACAUGUGUUGAUGAACCAAAUGACAUGAUUGCUGAAAACUCCCUGGAUGUAGCAGAGGAACAGAUUAUAGAAGACGAUGACCUCACUCUUACAGUUGAAGCAUCAUGUCAGAAUGGGGAUGAGACCAUGGAAACAAUUGAAGCAGCAGAAGCACUUCUUAAUAUGGAUUCUCCAGAUGCAUUGCUGGAUGAGAAAAGAUUAGAAGCUAACAUUUUUGGUACAUCUGAAGAUGAACUGAUGAUCACUCCCAUUACACAUGUUUCUGUCACUGUUGAUGGAAUUCCAGAAGUGAUGGAAAUUCACCAGAGCAUGUAUGCAGAUCCAGCAGAGUGUCAGCUGGAUGAACAACCAAAGAGGAAGAAAGGGAGAAAACCAAAAAUGCCUCGCCCAGAGUCACCUACCACUACCCCAAAUAUAUCUGUAAAGAAAAAAAGCAAGGAUGGAAAAGGUAAUACUAUUUACCUUUGGGAAUUUUUGCUAGCUUUGCUUCAAGACAAGGCUACAUGUCCAAAGUACAUAAAAUGGACUCAGCGAGAGAAAGGCAUUUUCAAACUGGUAGAUUCUAAGGCUGUUUCAAAGCUUUGGGGAAAGCACAAGAAUAAACCUGACAUGAACUAUGAGACAAUGGGCAGAGCACUCAGGUACUAUUACCAAAGAGGUAUUCUAGCGAAGGUGGAAGGCCAACGCCUUGUCUAUCAGUUCAAGGAGAUGCCAAAGGAUCUUAUUUAUAUUGAUGAAGAUGACUCAAGCCCUGCGGAAUACUCAGGAAGUUUGUCCUCAAGUCUGUCUUUGCAUUCUCCAGUUUCUACUCCAAAUCGAAAUAAUGCAAAAGCGUCCAAAGGGCCUUCCAACACUGGAUCAAGAAACAGCUCAACCCCCAUUCACAAAUCACCAAAGUCUUCAAAAGUGAAAGAACUAGUGGAACCUAGCCAACCCCAGGUGUCCUUGCUCCCAUCUGAUAUGUUGAGGACACAACAACUUUAUCGGACAGUCCACUUAAUGUCUGGACAAACAGUUCCUGACCAAGGGCUAACUUGCACCAUUCAAAAUGACUCACUUUCUUCUGCACAAGCUAUUAGGACUAUACAAUCUCCAGGUCAGGUCCCGGUAGUGGUUUCUCCUGGCAGUCAGCAGUUGCAUACUGUAACACUCCAGACAGUGCCUCUCACCACAGUAAUAACAAGCACAGACCCAACAGCUGCUGCAGGCUCACAGAAAUUCAUCCUUCAAGCCAUUCCUUCAGGCCAGUCGAUGACCGUACUCAAGGACAACAUGGUGCUACAUCCUCAGAAAACUGGCUCACCUCCGCCGUCCAUUGUCCUAAGCUCUAGCCAAGUUCAGCAAGUUCUGAAUGGCAAUGUCCAAAGCCUUUGUAAUGGAACAGUCAGUGUGCCUUCAUCUCCAGUCUUCAGUGCAACCACUCCAGUUAUGUCCUUUUCAACCAGCCCUUCACCACUUCUUAACCAAACUCCUGGCACAGUCAUCACUUCUGUGAUCAAAUCACCUGAGCCUAAACAAACAUUUAUUCAAGUUACCAACAGUCAAGAUUCUCAGGAAGGCCCAUCUCAAGCUGUUGAGCAAACUGAGCAAACAAUUCCAACAUCAUGCGUGUUAGUAGUUGCCAGCCCAAAUGGAUUCCCAACCCAGAUGGAAAUUAAACAGGAGAACGAUAUCUGGGAAUUUGAUUCCAAGUAA